AUGAAGGCAUUCACUUUUGUCGCACUUGCUGCCAUAGCAGGCGCUCAACAAAUCUGGCUUCAGGCCCCUGGCCUCAACCAAGAAGUUACAGCUGGCGGUGAUCUUGUCAUUGAAAUUCAGUCACAGGAUGCUGCUAGUCCAUAUACGGAUAUCGCGGCCGCCAUUGGCAUUGAGCCUUGGUCCACCGGUUACGUCGACACUGUAGAGCUGGGACAGUGGCUACUCUAUCAGGGUAACUGGAGUAUUGAAGGAUUUGCCUACCCUCAGGGUGGACUAUACACCAAUGUCACGGUCAGCGUACCGUCGAACCUCCCUGUAGGACCUGCUCUUCUUAGCGUGGCUGUGUUCCAGGUUGUUGGGGCUUCGAAUGAGCCAUAUGUGCAAAAAGCCAAUGUCAAUGUCACGGUCGUCAGCAGCUCCUAG